AUGCUUUCAUCAAGAGUUGUUCAUAGAAUUAUUAUUGCAACAGCUGGUGGUUUAGCUUUGGUUCAUACUGUACCCAACAUUUAUCCUAGUUUAGUUGUCAAUUAUUAUGGAUUCAACAACGUUGAAAUGCCACAGAAAAUUGAAGAUAGUUAUCAAGUCGUUGCCAAGAACAUGGAUUUAUACAAACGACACAAGGUAAAACUGUUUAUAAACAAUGGAUCAAGUAGUGUAUCGGCAGGUACGACUUUAUUGCCUGGUGCUGCUGUUAUUGGUGUAUCGCGUCUUUUUCUUUACUCUAACGUCACUGAACUGUCAGAAUCAGGGCUAACGUUUGAGGGGAAGAAAAUUAAUAUGACCUCCAAAGCUGGACAGAAAUUAAGCCAGUCUUUGCUAUUUGACGACGACGAGUUGAAGUUCAUCUUAGCACACGAAAUAAGUCAUUUAAAACAUCUAGAUUUUUUAACCAACUGUUUUCUUCCACCAUGCUGGUUAUAUUUCACCUAUAGAGCAAUCCUUGUUAUCUCAAAUUACUCACCUGCAAAUCUCGUAGCAAAAUUACUUCUUCAGUUUUCUUUGUCGAUUUUAAGUUACUGGUUUUUCAACCACAAAAUGUCUGACUUUCAUCACAAACAAGAAUUUUCAGCAGAUAAGAAUGCAGCUUUAGUUGAUGUGAGUUAUGUAAAAGGUGGGAUGAGCUUGAUGUUAAAAAGAAUGCAACUAAAUCAAGCAUUGAGAGCUCUCCAUGGUGAUGUUGAGAAGGAAUUUUUUUCCUACGAAGGAAAUGAUCUCAGAGAUUGGGAACAUCCAAAACUCACUGAACGACUACGAAAAUUGGAAGAAAUAUAUGUACAAAAGUAUGUUGGUGUUCAAACAAACAUUUUACAUGAAAAUUUAAAAUCAUAGAAUCUAUACCUUUCGAACCAAAUAAAUCAAACUUUAUUUCCACCAAAUA